AUACGAGUUUGCGCAUGCGUGGUGAAUUCACUUCCUCAUUCGAGUAGACUUGAGUUUGUUUUGAUGUUGCCUAAAUAAAAUUAGCUGUUUGCAAGUCUCUCGCCUCUUCAUGCUCGCUUAUCUCAUUACGACGAUCUUAUGCGUUAUUCACGUCUCGCCAGUCAUCAAUCAUGCCAAAGGAGAAGAGGGUACAGAUCAAGAACUGGCUCACUACAGAGAAAGGAUAAAAUCGAUGUUUUAUCACGCAUAUAACAGUUAUUUGGAGAAUGCUUUUCCAUAUGAUGAGCUGCGACCCUUGACUUGUGAUGGGCAGGACACAUGGGGCAGCUUUUCCCUGACUUUAAUAGAUGCACUGGAUACUCUGUUGAUUUUAGGAAAUCAUACCGAAUUUCAGCGUGUAGCAUCUUUGCUGCAGGACACUGUGGACUUUGACAUUGAUGUGAAUGCCUCUGUCUUUGAAACAAACAUUCGGGUGGUGGGGGGGUUACUCUCAGCUCACUUGCUCUCAAAACGGGCAGGGAUGGAGGUAGAGGUGGGGUGGCCCUGUUCUGGACCUCUUCUCCGCAUGGCAGAGGAAGCUGCUCGUAAGCUCCUUCCAGCAUUCCAGACUCCCACGGGCAUGCCAUAUGGCACAGUGAACCUGCUGAUGGGGGUGAACCCCACGGAGACCCCCGUCACCUGCACGGCCGGGGUUGGCACCUUCAUUCUGGAGUUUGCCACCUUGAGCCGGCUCACAGGUGACCCGGUCUUCGAAGAUGUGGCUCGCAAGGCACUGAGGUCAUUGUGGAAAACACGGUCUGACAUUGGACUGGUGGGAAACCACAUCGAUGUCAUCACCUCCAAAUGGGUAGCUCAGGAUGCUGGGAUAGGAGCUGGAGUGGACUCCUACUUUGAGUACCUGGUAAAGGGCGCCAUCAUGCUACAAGAUGAGGAAUUGCUUUCUAUGUUCUCAGAGUAUGACAAGUCGAUUAAGAACUACACAAAGUUUGAUGACUGGUACCUCUGGGUGCAGAUGCACAAAGGAACUGUUUCCAUGCCAGUCUUUCAGUCCCUUGAGGCCUUCUGGCCAGGGCUGCAGAGCCUGCUUGGUGACCUGGAAAACGCUAUGAGGACCUUCCACAACUACUACACUGUGUGGCGGCAGUUUGGGGGCCUGCCAGAGUUCUACAGCAUUCCUCAGGGAUACACAGUGGACAAGAGAGAGGGCUACCCACUGCGGCCAGAGUUGAUAGAGAGCGCCAUGUACCUGUAUCGGGCCACUGGUGACCCCACCGUGUUGCAGCUGGGGCGUGAUGCUGUGGAGUCCAUCGAGAAGAUCACCCGAGUCAACUGUGGUUUCGCUAGUGUAAAGGAUCUGCGAGAUCACAAGCUGGACAAUCGCAUGGAGUCCUUCUUCCUGGCUGAGACGGUCAAGUACCUCUACCUCCUCUUUGACCCGGACAACUUCCUGCACAACAGUGGCUCUAUGUUCCACACAGGCAGUGGCCCCCAGGGGGACUGCGUCCUGGGCGCUGGGGGCUACAUCUUCAACACGGAGGCGCAUCCUCUGGACCCUGCCGCCCUGCACUGCUGCAGCAGGGCACAGGAGGAGAGGCGGGAGCUUCAGGACAUCCUGCUCAGCUUUUCGGAGACAGCCGGUCCGCCCGCAGCCCAAACGGGAGAGGAGGGGGACCCUGCAGACGGUGCACAGCACCGUCCCCUCGACUCCUCAGAGAGCAUCGCCCUAAAGCCGGGGGCCAGGAGGAAAGCUCGGGCGCUGUCCUGCCCAAUGCAGCCCUUCAGCUCCAGACUCGCCGUUCUAGGGCAGGUCUUCACCGACAGCACGUGAUUGCAUUUGUUGUUAAAAAAUAAAAAAUACGUUUUUUAUUUAUUACAAGG